AUGCCUCAGGAACAGUUACAAAAAUGAAACCAAUACCUAUUCUGUCCCAAACUGCAGAUUCGGCGCAGGAGCUGGCGCUCGAUAUCAGUCGACAAGCCAAAGAACUCGAGACCCUGAUCGACAACCUGCCGGGAAUCACCCAAAGCCUAGAAGAUCAGACGUGUGACCUUGAGGCCCUGGCACGACAGAACGCACAGGCGACCGAGGAAUACGAAGCUGCUGUUCUUGAGGCAAGAGAACUCCUCCAGGAGAUCACUCUUGCCCUCAGAGGGAUUGCUGAAGACCAAAGUCGCUCUUGAGAAAGAAAGAAAAAAAACUAGGCAGACAAGGGACAGAGAGAGGGUGAGGGCGAGAAAGGGAGAAAUGUAUUAUAAUUUACUAUAGCAACAGAUGCGGACGCGCGUUUGAUAUGACAUGAACGCGUUCCUUGUAUACUAUUAGAGUCCGCAACGCAAAGCAAAGGCGGGCUAUAUUCGCUUUAGAUAGGUUCAAUAAAUGGCC